GAGAGAAAAAUAGAAAUGGGACGGAGAGAUAAAAUUGGGCUUUCUUCGACCCAGCGGCUUUUUGUGACAAGGAGCCUAGGUUUUAGUUUAGACCCUGCCCGAGAUGUGACUCCGAGAUUGGUUGGGUCGAACCCUUGUGGGCUCUUGUCACAUCGAACUGGAAAUUAAGCUGCAAUGGACAAGAAGCCGCCUAGAAUGCGACAUCAUCACCAAGGAGCUGCAAAAGAAAACGAGGCUGCACAUGUCGCCGAAUUGGCCCUCCAACAGCUCGCCAAGGAAGAGCCUGGCAGCGUUUUGAGUGCAGUGCAGUGCUUCAUUGGGCACACCGACUUUUGGGCGACAAUUUGCUGGGAAGGGCAAAACUUGUUUUUUUUUUCUUUUUUUCAGGCGCGUUUUCGUCACACCCAAGGUCCAAGGUCGGGCCAAUCUCGUCGCAUCACGUGCCGCGCGGCGCUGACAUGCGUUGAGUUGCUUCUGCGUUGCCUUGCUCUGCUCUGUGUACCUGUACAACAAGCUCAUGGACGAAUUGACUUUUGGUAUAAGCCUCAAAGAGAGUCAUGGCCAAAAACACAAUGCACGCCACAUUCUUGUCGAUGGCGGCACUGGUGCUUUGUUGCUUGGACAUGUAUCAUAUUGUCCUCGUAGCUGUAGCUGGUUGAAGCUAUCAUGCAGCUGUAAACAAAAGACCCUUUCUUCGCAUCCCGAUGAUCUGCAUGGAUAUAAUCACAGGCAAAGGUACCCUAGGACUAUUGCUCAACAGUAUUCGUACCUGGAGCCUCAUCGCACUCGCGGUUCGCGGCUGUCUGGCUUAUAUUGGCUUUCCAGGUUGUCUUUU